AUGUCGUUAGAAAAAUCUGAGACCAUACGCUUUGUGCUCACCCGCCAUGAGCAAGGCGCCGCCUUUAUGGCUGAAAUUUAUGGCCGUCUCACAGGUAAUCCGGCAGGGUGUCUCGGUACGCUCGGCCCGGGUGCGACUAAUCUGAUCACGGGUGUUGCCGAUGCCGAUAUGGAUCGCGCGCCCAUGCUGGUCCUGACCGGCCAGGGUUCUACAGAACGCCUGCACAAAGAGUCUCACCAGGUCAUGGAUGUGGUGGCGAUGUUUGAACCGGUGACCAAAUGGGCAACGUCCAUACUGCAUCCCAACACGAUCCCCGAGGUUGUGCGUAAAGCUGUGCGCCUGGCAAGAACUGAAAAACCGGGUGCUGUGCACAUCGAACUGGCUGAAGACCUUGCCAAGCAUGAGACGCCGGCAUUGCCCAUCGAGCCGCGGCGUUUCCGUCGUCCAGUGCCGGCAGAUAAGAUUGUUGACACUGCGUUUGACCUUCUGAAGAAAGCAAAAAAACCGGUGAUCAUUGCAGGCAAUGGCUGCAUUCGUCGGCGUGCCAGUAAACAGUUGCGGCAGUUUUGUGAAACGACCGGCAUAGGUGUCAUCAGCACGUUCAUGGCCAAAGGAGCCGUGGAUAUGGACAGUGAAUACUGUCUCUAUACCGUGGGUUUGGGCAGUAAAGACCGUAUGAAUCUGGUGCUUGAUGAGGCGGAUCUGGUACUGACCCUUGGUUUCGAUAUGGUGGAAUACCAUCCUCAGCUAUGGAAUCCCGGGCGCGACAAAAGUAUUGUUCAUGCGGAUUUUCUCCCGGCAGAAAUUGACGAGUACUAUCACCCUGAAGUGGAAGUUGUGGGUGAUCUUGCCCAUUUUCUGUGGAUGAUGAAUGAGCGCCUGCAAGCACACGGUCCUAUUCAAUUUGAUCUUGCCCACCAGCGCGAAGCGCGCGCGGCAAUGUCUGCUGAUCUUGCUGAAUAUGCACAAGAUACCCAGGUGGGUUCAAUCCGGCCGCAGAAAGCACUAUGGGAUUGUCGACAGGUGCUGGGACCGGAUGAUGUGUUGCUGUCUGACGUUGGUGCGCACAAAAUGUGGAUCGCGCGUCAUUAUCACUGCCAUGAGCCGAACACCUGUCUGAUUCCCAACGGAUUCUGUUCCAUGGGGUUUGCCCUUCCCGGCGCCAUAGCUGCUUCGUUGGUAUAUCCUGAGCGUAAGAUUCUUGGCAUUGCCGGCGAUGCGGGUUUCCUGAUGAAUGUGCAGGAAAUGGAAACCGCAAAGCGACUCAACUGCAAUCUGGUGAUGAUGGUGUGGGAAGAUCACGCCUAUGGUCUGAUUGCCUGGAAACAGGACAAUGAGUUCGGACGCCAUACGGACCUGAGCUUUGACAAUCCUGAAUGGAUGGGCUUGGCGCAGUGUUUCGGCUGGCACGGACAUCGUUGUGAGGACAGUGCGCAAUUGCAGGACACACUUGAAGCUGCGUUUGCAGAAUCGGGCCCGAGUCUUGUUGUGAUCCCCAUAGACUAUCGGGAAAACUCAUUGCUGACGCAGAAGCUGGGCGAGAUAACCCUGCUGGGCGCGCUGUUGGUGCUGCUCGGGGUGUCCGUCUCAGCGGCUGAAGUGGUGAUCAGUGACGAUGGACGGCAGAUUCAAAUCAACGGCGACGGCACCUGGGUGCAGUUAUCCAAAGAUCGAUACGCAAUAAACGCAGCCGGUGAACGGAUUCGCCUGAAACCCGAUGGCACCUGGAGUUUGCUGGGCGAUGCUAUACCUGAGGAUGCCCGAGGGGCGGUUGCUUUAACGCCCAUCAGUGCUGCGCUCGAAAGCACAUUGUUUUUAUCUAAAGUUGAAAUUCUCAAACGCCGUAUAGAGCGGGCCAAAUCCACGCAUGCGGAGGUGCGCACCGUCUACUACCUGCAGGUGGUCAAUGACAGUCCCGCGGACAUUAGUCUGGAUAACUCGUUGUCCGCCAAGCUCUUACCGGGUAGCUCUUCCGGUGCAGAGUUUGACGUUAUCUCAGUCAGUUUUCCGACCGGCCUGAUAAAACCCGGUGAACGCGAAACGAUCGAGGUUGUUGCCGAUGGUGCACCGCGCUGGUUCGGUGUUAAGGCGAUGACCCUGGAAGUAGCCGCUGGUGCAUUAGGCAACCGCUCCAUCGACACCCGUAGUGAUGCGUUUGCCCUGAACGACGCGCAUAACCGCAAGUUGCGUGGUGAACUGCGGGCACUGGUUGCACAGAUCUCUCUGGGCGGUGAUGAAAGAUCUCGAUCACGACAUCAAAGCCGCGGCAAGCUGCUCCCCAGAGAACGUAUAGAUCGCUUGUUAGAUCCGGGGGCUGCCUUUCUCGAGGUUGGCCAACUUGCCGGCUACGAACUGUAUGACGAUAACAUUCCCAGUGGCGGCAUCAUCACCGGUGUGGGUUGUGUGGCUGGCCAGCCCUGUAUGAUUGUUGCUAAUGAUGCCACCGUUAAAGGCGGCACCUAUUAUCCCAUCACGGUAAAGAAACACCUGCGUGCCCAGGAAAUUGCAAUGGAGAAUUCGCUGCCAUGUAUUUACCUGGUGGAUUCAGGUGGGGCUUUUCUGCCCCUGCAGGCGGAUGUCUUCCCAGACAAAGAUCACUUUGGUCGGAUUUUCUAUAAUCAGGCCAACAUGUCUGCACGGGGCAUACCGCAAAUUGCCGUCGUUAUGGGCUCGUGUACCGCCGGCGGCGCUUAUGUGCCAGCCAUGUGUGAUCAGGCGAUCAUCGUCAAAGAUCAGGGCACCAUAUUCCUGGGAGGGCCGCCCCUGGUUAAAGCCGCCACCGGAGAAGUGGUUGAUGCUGAAACGUUGGGGGGUGGUGAAGUCCACAGCCGCACCUCUGGCGUAGUGGAUUAUCUGGCGGAUAACGAUGAACACGCGCUGCUCCUGGCCCGUGAAGCAGUUGCCCACAGUCACCAGCAAUUUGGCUCCAGUGUAACCACUCAGCAGGUUCGAGCGCCGCGUUAUGCGGCAGAAGAGUUAUAUGGCGUGAUGCCCACAGAUACGCGCACACCGUUUGAUGUGCGUGAGGUUAUUGCGCGCCUGGUAGAUGAUUCAGAAUUCCACGAAUUUAAAAAGUUGUAUGGAGAAACGCUGAUUUGCGGGUUUGCCCAUGUUCAGGGUAUGCCGAUUGCGAUAGUUGCUAACAACGGUAUUCUUUUUUCGCAAAGUGCGGUGAAAGGUGCUCACUUUAUCCAGCUGGCAGACCGCCGUGGUAUACCGUUGCUGUUUCUACAGAACAUCACCGGCUUUAUGGUCGGGCAAAAAUAUGAACACCAGGGCAUUGCCAAAGACGGCGCAAAAAUGGUCACCGCCGUGGCGUGUGCCAAGGUGCCUAAGUUUACGGUGGUCAUUGGUGGGUCGUUUGGGGCCGGUAACUAUGCCAUGUGCGGGCGUGCGUAUGGCGCGCGUAUGCUGUGGACCUGGCCAAAUGCGAGAAUUUCCGUGAUGGGCGGCGAGCAGGCUGCACAUGUUCUGGCCACUGUCCGGCAGGAUGGCCUGGAUGCUCGCGGUGACACCUGGGCGGAUGCAGAUAAACAGUCGUUUAUGCAGGGUAUCCGUGACGCCUAUGAUGCAGAGGGGCACCCUUUCUACGCGUCCGCCCGACUUUGGGAUGAUGGUGUUAUCGACCCGGCGGAUACCCGCCAGGUUCUGGCAUUAGCGUUACAGAUUGCAACCCAGCAGUCGCAUCAACCGCAGUCAGACUUCGGCGAAAUAGCCUGCCGUAUAUUCAGCACUGCAAGGCGUCUUGGUAUCCGCACGGUUGCCGUCUAUUCACAAGCGGAUGCACAGGCACUGCACGUGCGCAGUGCUGACAGCGCUAUCUGUAUUGGUCCUGCAAGUGCUGCGGAAAGUUAUCUGAAUGUUGAAGCAGUGCUUGACGCCGCGCGGCAGAGCAAUGCGGAUGCGAUCCAUCCCGGUUACGGUUUUCUGUCGGAAAAUGCGGAGUUUGCGCUGGCUUGUGAGCAUGCGGGGAUCAUCUUCGUUGGCCCGCCUGCAGAAGCGAUUAGAACCAUGGGUUCAAAAACCGCUGCGAAACAGCUGAUGCAAUCUGCGGGGAUCCCGAUACUGCCUGGUUAUCAUGGAGACGAACAGGAUGCAGACUUUCUUGCAGCCCAGGCUGCUGAAAUUGGUUACCCGCUGCUGAUCAAAGCUUCCGCCGGCGGCGGCGGCAAAGGUAUGCGCCUGGUCACACAGGCAUCAGAAUUUGCUGAUCAACUGGCGGGUGCUAAACGAGAAGCCAAGGCUGCAUUUGGUGACGAUGUUGUGCUGCUUGAACGUUAUCUUACGGCGCCAAAACACAUUGAAGUCCAGCUUAUGGCAGAUCAGCAUGGUGACGUUGUGCAUCUGUUGGAACGGGACUGUUCGGUACAACGGCGUCACCAGAAAGUGGUUGAAGAAGCACCCGGGCCUACGGUGUCACCGCAAUUACGCAACCGUCUGGGUCAAACGGCUGUUAUGGUUGCUAAACAGGUAGGUUAUGUGGGCGCCGGGACGGUGGAAUUCAUCGCGGAGGGUGACGAAUUCUAUUUCAUGGAAAUGAACACCCGUCUUCAGGUUGAACAUCCGGUAACUGAGGCGAUUACCGGAUUAGACCUGGUGGAGAUGCAGCUUAAUGUUGCUGCGGGUAAACCUCUGGGAAUGAAUCAAUCUGACGUUAAGCUUGAUGGUCAUGCCAUAGAGGUGCGGUUGUACGCUGAGAAUCCGGCCAAACACUUUUUACCUUCCACCGGCAAGCUGGUGAGGUUUGAAACACCCCGCUCCAUUCGGGUUGAUACAGGCGUGCAGGCAGGCGAUAGCGUCAGCCCGCACUACGACCCGAUGCUGGCGAAGCUGAUCGUUCAUGCGCCCCAUCGUGACGCGGCCAUAGACCAGUUGGUAAGCGCCUUGCGUCAAUGCAGGAUUGCAGGGAUAGAUCAUAACCUGGGCUAUCUGGUUGGUAUGUUAAACCACCCACUGUUUAAAUCAGGGGCGUAUACGACGGGAAUCGCUGACGCCAUUCAUGGUGAAGUAGUGCCUGAUUGUAAGAAUGAGUUUGCAGCCUCUGCCGGUGAGUUUGUAUUAGCUGGCGGCUCUGAGCAUAAACCGUUCACAACAGGUCUGCCCUGGACGGGUAGUGGAUUCCGCCUGAAUCAGGAUGCGGUGCGCAAAGUUGUGCUUCGACAGGGUAAGUUGGAAUACCUGAUUAACAAAGGUCUGGACACGACCCUGGUGAAUGGUGAGGCAGUUGUCCGGAUGAACCCACAACUGACAGAAGUCCUGGCUGAUGGCGAUUUUCUGUAUGUCAUGGCUGAUGGCCAUACGGAAAAAUAUAUCGACCUCACAGAUGAUAUGAGUCGUUAUCAGAAUCAGACCCUGACAGCGGCUGGAAUUGUUGCUCCGAUGCCUGGUGCGGUGAUCGCGGUGAACGUGAAGGUGGGCGAGCGCGUGAAAGUCAACGAUGUGGUGGUGGUGGUUGAAGCCAUGAAAAUGGAACACGGUAUCCGUGCGACAAAAAACGGCGUUGUCAGAAGUGUGAUGUGCGCGGUUGGCGAUCGCGUUGAGGAAGGCGAGCUUGGGGUUAUGGGUAUGACCAUUGAGGAGCAGUACGGAGGCGUGAACCUCGGCUAUCUCGCUCAUACCGUGGUGAUGGAAGAAAUCAGCCGGGCCUCUGCAUCGGUUGGUCUGUCUUAUGGCGCCCAUUCGAAUCUCUGUGCCAACCAGAUUCGCCGGUUUGGCAAUGACGAACAAAAACAGAAAUAUCUCCCCGGGCUUGUGUCGGGCCAGUAUCUGGGCGCGCUGGCCAUGAGUGAGCCGGGCGCGGGUUCGGAUGUGGUGGGCAUGUCGCUGCGCGCCCGCGAAGAUGGCGAUAACUAUGUUUUGAACGGCAACAAAAUGUGGAUAACCAAUGGCCCCGGUGCGGAUGUCCUUGUGGUUUAUGCCACCAUCGAUCCAGCCCUUGGUUCUAAAGGCAUUACCGCGUUCCUGGUUGAAAAGGACCUGGCAGGGUUCAGUACGGGAGUGAAGCUGGAUAAAUUAGGCAUGCGCGGUUCUGACACGGCAGAACUGAUUUUUGAAGACUGCCGUGUGCCGAAGACACAGAUUCUGGGUCAGGUUGGUAAAGGUGUGCAGAUUCUCAUGAGCGGGCUGGACUAUGAGCGCGUCGUGCUUGCUGGCGGCCCCCUGGGCAUCAUGCGCAGCGCGCUGGAUGUGGUGAUGCCUUAUCUGCAUGAACGCAGCCAGUUUGGUCAGGCGAUUGGACAGUUCCAACUGAUGCAGGGCAAAGUGGCAGAUAUGUAUACCGAAAUGAACGCGGCGAGAGCUUAUGUCUAUGCGGUGGCUCAGGCCUGUGAUGCGGGCCGUACGACACGGUUUGAUGCGGCGGGAUGUAUUCUGUUUGCUGCAGAAAAGGCGACACAGAUAGCGCUCCAGGCAAUUCAAUGUCUGGGCGGCAAUGGUUACAUCAAUGACUAUUCCACGGGGCGGUUGCUCAGGGAUGCUAAGCUUUACGAAAUCGGCGCGGGUACCAGCGAAAUCCGACGUAUGCUGAUUGGUCGCGAGUUGUUCGACGCCACUGCCGUCUAG